AUGGCUGAACGAACGGUCAACGUUGCUGAGUACCUUUUCACGCGCCUCAUUCAGCUGGGCUGCACUUCCCUCCACGGUGUACCAGGGGACUUCAAUCUCCUUGCGCUCGACUUCGUUGAGUCAAGUGGUCUUCGAUGGGUCGGGAACUGUAAUGAGCUCAAUGCUGGCUACGCUGCCGAUGCCUACGCGCGUCUUCGAGGCCUCGGCGCCAUCUGCACGACUUUUGGCGUCGGUGAGCUCUCAGCUGUCAACGCGAUCGCCGGCUCAUUCGCUGAGCUCGCCCCUGUCGUACACGUUGUGGGUGUGCCCGGCCGACCAAGUCAGAAAGAGGGCAUGCUUCUACAUCACACGCUGGGCAAUGGCGACUUCACCGUUUUCGCAAGGAUGUACAAGGAGAUCACCAUAGCACAGGCCGACCUCCUUGAUCCCGCUACCGCACCCAUGGAGAUCGAUCGUGUUCUGCGGACUUGCUAUGUUGAAUCGAGGCCGGUUUACAUUCAGCUCCCGACCGAUAUGGUCGAGCAGCCCGUGCAUGCUCGUUUACUUGACACCCCAAUCGAUGUGACGAGUCAUGCCAGUGAUAAAGACGCCGAGGACUUUGCGACGCACAUCGUUCUCGAUCGUUUGUACGAAGCAAAGCAUCCCGUGUUCUUGAUCGAUGGCGCAGUGCAAAGAAGAGGGAUCCGUCCUCAAGUAGAGGCCCUCGUCAAUAAGGCAGGCAUCCCGACUUUUGUCGCACCUAUGGGCAAGGGCGUCAUCAAUGAAGACUUACCCAACUUCGUUGGUCUCUAUGCCGGAGAGGUCUCAGCAAAAGGAAUCGCUGAAGCCAUCGAGCAAAGUGACCUGGUCAUCACGAUCGGCAACAUCAAAUCAGACCUUAAUACCGCCGGCUUCACCUACCGCUUCUCCCGACUCAACACUAUCGACAUUAACUACAACCAUGUCGAUGUCAAGUACGCCAAGAUCGAGAAUGUAUACUUCAAAUCACUAGUGCCACGGCUGGAGCGAGAGUUGGAUCCUUCAAAGCUGUCCCAGACCGCGAGACAAGUCCCAAGCAUACCAUCACCGCAAGUGGCCGACGAGACGGAUAAGAGCCUCAUAACACAUGCAUGGCUGUGGCCCAGGCUAUCCAACUUCAUGCAAGAAGGGGAUGUCCUCGUCACUGAGACAGGCACUUCGUAUCUGGGUCACUGGGAAACAAAGCUUCCGCGCAACGUGACCAUCAUCAAUCAGAUCUUGUGGUCGAGCAUCGGCUAUGGUGUUGGCGCCACACAAGGAGCAGCCCUGGCCACAAAAGAGUUUGGAAAGGGACAAAGGGUUAUUUGCUUCGAGGGCGAUGGCUCCUUCCAGCUUACCGCUCAAGAGUUAUCGACCAUCAUUCGGCAUAAUCUCAAGGUCACUAUGUUCCUGAUCGAGAACAGUGGUUAUGAGAUUGAGCGUUGGGUACAUGGCAUGGAAGCCGGUUACAACGACAUUCCUCAAUGGCAAUACUCCAAGUUUCCUCAGACGCUCAUCCCCGAAGGCACCUCGCACACGGUCAAGACUUGGAAGAUACGAACUCGACAAGAGCUUGAGAGUCUACUGCAAAAUAAGUCGUUUGCCAACGGAGAAGGUCUGCAGUUCGUUGAGAUGCACAUGCCAAAAGGCGAUGCACCGAAGACUUUGCAAGAGUUUGGCAGAGGCGCUGCGGCGAGAGCAUCUUGA